AUGAGCAGAUACGUGUGGUGCUCCCACGACUCGAAUAACUCCUUGCAAACCAAUCGGAAGCGAACGCAGCAGCAGUCCCCUGACACAUUCCCUCAGUCCCUUGACCCAUUCCCUCAGUCCCUUGACCCAUUCCCUCAGUUCCUUGACCCAUUCCCUGAGUCCCUUGACCCAUUCCCUCAGUCCCUUGACCCAUUCCCUGAGUCCCUUGACCCAUUCCCUCAGUCCCUUGACCCAUUCCCUCAGUCCCUUGACCCAUUCCCUGAGUCCCUUGACCCAUUCCCUGAGUCCCUUGACCCAUACCCUCAGUCCCUUGACCCGUUCCCUCAGUCCCUUGACCCAUUCCCUCAGUCCCUUGACCCAUUCCCUCAGUCCCUUGACCCAUUCCCUCAGUCCCUUGACCCAUUCCCUCAGUCCCCUGACCCAUUCCCUCAGUCCCCUGACCCAUUCCCUCAGUCCCCUGACCCAUUCCCUCAGUCCCCUGACCCAUUCCCUCAGUCCCCUGACCCAUUCCCUCAGUCCCCUGACCCAUUCCCUCAGUCCCCUGACCCAUUCCCUGAGUCCCUUGACCCAUUCCCUGAGUCCCAUGACCCAUUCCCUGACAGAAUUCAUUUCCUGCAUGGCAGAGAUGGUGGUGGGAGUGAGACGGCGUGGGAAUGA